UCAACAUUCCUCAUUCUGCAUCAACAUGUUGCUGAUCGUACUUUCUUUACUGGCGUUCGCCUCUGCCGAGGAGCUGGUGGUGCUCUCAGCUCCGUCUGUGUUCCCUGCGCCGUCGGAAGGGGCGCCCGUACUCGCCGCGCCGCUCCACUACCAUGAACAAGUGGGGGUGCCUGAAGCUGCGCGGAUCCGUGACGAAGAGUCCCGGGUGAUGGGCAGGGUUGCUGGAGGUCUGGGCUCAUACCUCGGGGAGCACAAGUUCUUUGCCGGUUUGGUGAUCUCGCUGACAAACGGUCAGACCUCAGUCUGCGGCGGCAGUCUGAUCAGCUCGAACCGCGUGCUGACCGCCGCCACGUGUUGGUUCGACGGGCAGUACCAGGCGAGCGCCAUGCUCGCGGUGCUCGGCUCCGUGCGGCUGUUCUCCGGCGGCACGAGGGUCUCCGCGGCGAGCAUCGCCGUGCACCCGCGCUUCAACUACUACUUCUUCGAGAACAACCUCGCCGUGCUCAAUAUCCCUUAUGUCUCUUCUACUAGCUACAUCCGGCCCAUCGUGAUGGCCAACACGAACCUCUCGUACGCGAGCUACACUGCCGAGAUCAUCGGCUUCGGGAAGACCAGCCCCGGCUCCGCGAUCACCGAGUCGCAAACCCUGCGUGACGUAUUCGUCCAAGUGCUGACGAACGACGUGUGCCGCAUCUACUACGGGAACCUCGUGGAGCCGGAGCACAUGUGCACGAGCGGCGUGGGCGCGCGCGGCGCGUGCGGCGGCGACGCCGGCGGACCGCUCAUACUCUACUCCAGCGCUGGAAACGACGUGCUCAUUGGCGUCGUGAACUUCUGGUCUUCGAACGGGUGCGCGUCGGGCUACCCGAGUGGACACACGCGCGUCGCACACCACUACAACUGGAUCCGAGCACAACUCUAAACGGGACUAACCAACUGUAGAUAUAUGGGCGUACCUAUGUCACCUUCUGAAUUUCAUACAAAUACAUACUAUUGUAAGCACUUUUGUAAUGAAAUGUUUGCUUUGAAAGGAUCAAAAUUUGCGUUUUACCCCUGAGUGUAAAGAUACGUCCAUGUGUAGAUAUAUUAUUUUAAUAAAAUAUAUGCACUGUA